AUGCAGAUUGUUUUUCGCGAUGAUCGCAACAAUUCUUCACCUAUGACCGUCGUCUCUCAGUUCAGCUCUGGUCACGCAUAUCGUCGCAAUCCUGGUACAACUGCCGGCACCAGCGCUUGGCAGACCCUCAUCCACACCAGACCUUCUUGGGACAAAUUUGUUCUGUCAAUUCGUCUCGACAGGGCUCAAUUGAGCAACGAGAUGGUCAUGGUUAUGAUACUUAAUCUCGCCGCUCCUAACACAAUGGCCGCUAUCAAGUCUCUCAUGACCCGCGACACGGUCGCCCACCAGCUCGCCAAGCGCCAGAACUGGGCUUCUAAGGAGGCUGGCGUUAUCGUUGUCUUCUGCAUCGUUGGUGUUGUCGCCAUCGGCCUUAUCAGUCUUUUCCUUUACAAGAAGGCUGCUGCCCGCAAGGCCAACAAGGCCUCCGCCGUCUAA